UUCAAAUGUCAAAAAAUUUGCGUGUUCGCUGGUAAUAUAAUAAACUUGCUGGUGAUAUUUCGAGGACGGAAACAGCACACAAGAAACCGGGAGCACGAUACGCGUUUCUCGUCGCGAUUUAGACAAAUAAAACACACCUCAGCACCGUCAUUAUCAGUGCCGCAGAAUGUCGGAAGUGAAAACGUACUCACUGGCGGAGGUGAAAGCGCACAACACCAAUAAAUCGACAUGGAUCGUCAUCCACAAUAACAUUUACGAUGUAACGGAGUUCCUGAACGAGCAUCCGGGUGGCGAAGAAGUGCUACUAGAACAAGCCGGAAAGGAGGCGACGGAAGCUUUCGAAGAUGUUGGCCACAGCAGCGAUGCACGCGAGAUGAUGAAAAAGUUUAAAGUGGGCGAGCUCAUCGAAUCGGAACGCAAACAAACUCCCGUAAAGAAGGAACCGGAAUGGAAAAACGAUCAAAAGGACGACAAUCAAUUGAAGCAAUGGAUAGUGCCUCUAAUUUUGGGUCUAGUGGCGACCAUCCUGUAUCGGUUCUACUUUACCCAGUAAGAUCAAACCACUGCCACCUCAUGUUGUGCACUUCAUCAUAAGAUACGAUAUCGUAGUGUGUGGGAACGAAAGCAGAGAACACGAAGACACGGUGCGCUAUCGUAACGUUAUGUUCAUUCCACACAUGGCAAAUUCCGGGAGCAUUUCAAUGUCGCCUAAAGAAUGUACACAGUAAACCAACAAAAAAUCAAUUCUUAUGAUGUAGUAAUGCGACGGAAAACGGCCGCAGAGCCACAUCAGGCCGAAUUCCGGUUAUUUGGCGAUAAUGGAAACGAUUGGAUUCAACGAAAACUUCUAACCCAAGCCAAGCCAGACGUGCAAAGCCACGUAAACGAUUAGAAGAUGAUACGAAACGAAAAUCGGUUUGGUGAAAGCUGAAAAAAUAUUCAUCAUUAUCAGUUGUUUUAUCAUCAAACAGUUGCGUAAUGUUACGAUCAUAGAUUUUCGAAAAAAGAGAAACCAAAGGUAACUUCGGUGGCCAACUGGCACCGGCGGCCACUGGCGGUGGCCAACGGUGGCAGGUACAACAUAACUGAAAAAUGCAUAAUUCGUUUAGUUUACGUGUUCGAAGGACAGUCACUUUUCUUUGUACUAGAGAUCGACGAAGCUUUAUAUACACUCUAGGCGAUCCAUGAGAAGGCGUACGCAGUGCCGAAGACGCAGUUCCAUAUGCGUUCUUACCACAAACCCGCGUUCCAUUCGCCAUUUGUCUUUUGCGUUUGCUUUAAUUACAUCAUCUACGGGAAGGUUUUUUUGUGUGUCUUUACUUAUACAUUAAAUACAACAUUCAAGUUUUUUACCUUUCUACAUGUCUACCAAAAUGGGACAAGUUAUUGAAUAAAGUGUAAUUUGUAUGUAAAAUCGUUUUGCUA